AUGCCUGACUUUCGCCCUCUCUUCUUCAUCGCCAAGGUCUUGACCUGCUGUUGCUGCUGCAGUCGUCGCAAGCCUGAGAAUGCCCGAGGUUCCAAUCACCCCUACGGCGCCGGACAAGACCAGCGAACAGGAAACAGUAGUAGCGAGAACGAUUCUGACUACUCUGAAUACUCGGUGCCCCCGGCAUAUCCAGGUGGUCCCUUGAAUCUCAUUCAUCCUGAUGAAUUUGAGCACCCUGAGUUGGACGAAGUGCAUGGACGAGAUGACUUUGGAUUUGACCUGCAAAAGUCCAGAUCUCUUGUUCCGUGUCCCCCUACGCCUCGUCCGUCUUCGCCUGCCACUUCUGAGCCUGCUACUACUAGGCCUAGUACUGCUAAACCUGAUACUAUGAGGUCUAGUACUGCGGAGUCUACUACUACCAAGACUAUUUCAGAUGAGCCCGUUUCUGGUCCAUCUGUCAUAGCUGAGACUACUGCUACCGACUCCGUCGUUACCGAAAGGCCUCUUGCUGAUGAGCCUGGUACUCCCAAACCUGUUGUCGUUGGGCCCAUCGCACCAGAUGCACUCUGGCAAGCGUCCUGGACCUGGCCAAAAGCGCCAACGUUCGCAGAUGAGACUGCUCGUGAUAAAUCUGUCAUAGCCAAGCCUGAAGCUACUGAAAUUGCUGCCAAAAGGCCUGCUACUCAUGAGCCUAGUACUACUAGGUCUGUCGGCUCUGGACCUAUCGCAGAUGAGCCUCCUGUAACUAAGUCUGUUGUUACAGAGUCUGAGCCCGAAGCCAGACCUAUUGAGGCCAAUCCUGCAGAGACUAAGACCCAUCAACCUAACUUUGUCAAUGUCGAGCUGGCGGAGGCUGGUCCUCUCAAGUCUGAUAUCGAGGCCAGUAAAGUUAUUAAAGAUGGCACCACUGAGGCCAGCUCUGACGGAGUUGGUCCUACAGAGAACAAGGACGAGGAUAAGGACAAGGACAAGGUCUUGGAGUAG